AUGGCCCGCGACCCCCCCUCGGCAACCCGCCGCUCCAGAUCCCGCCACCCGGACCCCGACCCCGACCCCGACCGGGACGGCUACCGCGAACAGCGCCGUCACAGACGCCACUCCUCCUCCGCCGCCGAUGGAUCCCAGCACCAGCGCCGCACGAAGCGCCGACCGACGAGCACGCCCCGCGCCGGCGUCGCCGGCGUCGCUGCCGAGUACCAUGCCUCGGAAGAGGAGGGUGGGUCGUCCCCGUCGUCGCAGGUCCUCUCCGCGGCCGCGCUGGCGCGGCUGAACAGGGAGAACGCGGCCGCGGCGCGGGGCGGGGGCGGCGGAAGGAGAGGGGAGAGGGAGCGGGCGAGGGGGCGGGAGAGGCAAGGGAUCGCAAGGGAGGCGGAAGCCGAGAGGGAGAGGGAACGGGAGCUGAGGAGGGAACGGCGGCGGGAACGGGAGAGAGAGCAGGAGCGGGAGAGGGCGAGGCGGAGGGAGCGGAGUCGGGGGUAUGAGAUUGUGGAAGUCUCGCCGACUAGGGGAAAUUGGAAAUCCGGAGACCGGGAAGCAGGAGGGACGAGGAGGAGGGUGGUGAGCGGGCCGGCGUUGGAAGAGGGGAGAAGCGGCGGCGGCGGCGGCGGCAGCAGCGGCGCCGGUGCUGGUGGGAAGGCGUGGGGGGGCCUGAGAGGCGGAUGGAGGGGCAGCCAGGAUAGCGUGACGUUGGAGAAGGAGGCGCUGUGGAAGGGGAAAAAGGUGCCGUGGUACCAGCAGAAAAAGAAGCUGUGGAUCCUCAUUGGGGUCUGCUCCGUACUGCUCAUCAUCAUCAUCAUCGUGGCAGCGGUGGUGGUGCCCAAGGCUGGCUCCGGGGAGGAAAAGCGCGAUGAUGAGAGCAGCGAGAGCAGCGACGGCAACCUCGCGGGGAUAUCACCAGACAGCAUUCCAGAAGGGGCGCCCUCGUGGCUGAAUCCCUUUGUCUGGCAGGACACAACCGACUUCAACCUCACCUACACCGACGAGAUGGUGGGUGACCUGCCCGUCAUGGGCCUCAACACGGACUGGGACGACUCGGCAAGGGCAAACGAGAACGUGCCGGCACUGGACGAACCAUGGGGCGACUACGCAAAGCGGCCAGCAAGAGGCGUCAACAUCGGGGGCUGGCUCUCGCUCGAGCCCUUCAUCACCCCGUCGCUGUUCGAGUAUGAUUUACGCAUGGGCAUCGUCGACGAGUACACGCUCUGCAAGUACCUGGGCAGGAGAUGCGAGAGCGUGCUCGAGAAGCACUACGCCACGUUUGUCACCGAGGACACGUUCCGGGAGAUCCGGGACGCCGGGCUGGACCACGUCCGCAUUCCCUUUUCCUACUGGGCCGUGCAGACGUACGAGGGCGACCCGUACCUCUUCCGCACGUCCUGGCGGUACCUGCUCCGAGCGAUCGAGUGGUGCCGCCGUUACGGGCUGCGCGUCAACCUCGACCUGCACGGCCUCCCGGGCAGCCAGAACGGGUGGAACCACAGCGGCCGGCUGGGCGCCAUCGGCUGGCUGAACGGCACCAACGGGGACGUCAACGCGCGGCGGUCGCUCGAGAUCCACGACCGGCUGUCCAAGUUCUUCGCGCAGCCGCGGUACCGCAACAUCAUCAGCCACUACGGGCUGGCCAACGAGCCGCGGAUGACGUUCCUCGACACCGGGAAGGUGCUCCAGUGGACGGCGGACGCGUACGCGCUGGUGCGGCGCAACGGCGUGUCGGACGCCGUCGUCGUCUUUGGCGACGGCUUCCGGGGACUGGGCAACUGGCAGGGCGAGCUGACGGGGCUGGACCGGGCGGCGCUCGACGUGCACCAGUACGUCAUCUUCAACACGAACCAGAUCGUCUUCAACCACAGCGAGAAGGUCCGGUACGCGUGCGAGGGCUGGACGGAGCAGACGCUCGAGAGCAUGGACCGCGCCACCGGCUUCGGCCCGACGCUGAUCGCCGAGUGGUCGCAGGCCGACACCGACUGCGCCCGGCACCUGACCAACGUCGGCUGGGGCAACCGCUGGACGGGCACGUACGUCACCCCCGACGGCGACGGCGACGUCACCACGCCGCGGUGCCCGACCAUGGACAGCUCGUGCAGCUGCGACCAGGCCAACUCGCCGGCCAGCCAGUGGAGCGACCCGUACAAGCGCUUCCUGAAGCUCUUUGCCGAGGCGCAGAUGUCGAGCUUCGAGAAGGGCUGGGGUUGGUUCUAUUGGGUUUGGGAUACCGAGGAUGCACCGCAGUGGAGCUACAAAAAGGGGCUCGCCGCGGGCGUCCUCCCGGCCAAGGCGUACGAGAGAGACUUUGACUGCGACCUGUCGAAGAUUCCGAGCUUCUCGGACCUCCCAGAGUAUUACUAGGGAGAAGGUUGGCUCUAUCAUUUUCCUUUUCGCGUGCGUGGUCGGCGUCUCGGAGUUAAUGGGUUUUCGUUUUCUUUCUUUUGGGCUUACAUAGUACAGUGGGGUCAGAAAAGUGUUUGCCCACUUCAACCCUGGUAAUCCACUUCCAAAUCAGCUCAACCAACUAACCCUCUUCAACUUCAACGACGGCUACGCCGACUUUUCCAUCUUC